AUGGGGAAGGCGGUGGCGAUUGAGAAGGUGGUGGUGCAUCCGCUGGUGCUGCUGAGCAUCGUGGAUCAUUACAACCGCGUCGCCAAGGACACGCACAAGCGCGUGCUCGGCGUGCUGCUCGGCGAAACGGCGCGCGGCCGCAUCGACGUUACUAACAGCUACGCAGUGCCAUUCGAGGAGGACGACAAGGAUGCGAGCAUCUGGUUUUUGGAUCACAACUACCACGAGGCCAUGUUCGCCAUGUUCAAGAAGAUCAACGCCAAGGAGCGAGUGGUGGGGUGGUACUCGACGGGUCCCAAGAUCCGCGAGAGCGACCUCGACAUCCAGGAGCUCUUCUAUAACUACUGCAGCGACCCCGUGCUGGUGAUCAUCGACGUGCAGCCGCGUGAGCUGGCCAUCCCCUCACAGGCCUACUGCACCGUCGAGGACGUCAAGGAGGACGGCACGCAGAAGAGUCAGAAGGCGUUUGUGCACAUCUCAUCGGAGAUCGGCGCAUACGAGGCGGAGGAGAUUGGCGUGGAGCAUCUGCUGCGCGAUGUGAAGGACGCCACCAUCACCACCCUCGCCUCUGAGGUGAGCGCCAAGCUGGUGGCGCUCAAGGGGCUGGAGUCACGGCUGAGGCAGCUGCGGUCGUACCUGGAUCUGGUGGCAGCAGGGCGGCUGCCCCUGCGGGCGGACAUCCUGUACGGCGUGCAGGACGCCUUCAACCUGCUGCCCAACCUCAACGUCGACGACCUCGUCAAGGCCUUCGCUGUGCGCACGAACGACAUGACGCUGGCGGUGUACGUGGCAUCACUGGUGCGGUCUAUCAUCGCGCUGCACAACCUCAUCAACAACAAGGUGGUGAACAAGGAGGCGGAGAAAGCAGUGGACUCAACUGCUGCACCAGCACCACCCGUCUCCUCUGCUGCUUCCUAG